CUCUCGGUCGUUAUGGUGUUUUCAUAUAAAUCAGAUUUAGUUGUCAAAAUACAAAUAACAUUAAUUGCAAUCGCACUGAUAUCUUCGCCAGCAACGGGAAAUAAUAUGUCGUCGUCAGCAUUAUAUACGUGUUGCUUUGAAGUAUUUGGAAAAGUCCAAGGUGUCUUCUUUCGCAAGUACACGGAGAGGAAGGCAAACACCUUAGGAGUACGAGGCUGGUGCGUUAAUACCAUCAAUGGAACAGUUAAGGGCGAAUUGGAAGCACCUCUUAUUCCUCUGAAUCAAAUGAAACAUUGGCUUGAGACCAAAGGCAGUCCCGCCAGUGUGAUUGAAAGAGUCGAGUUUACACCCACGAAGCAGAUAGAACAGUAUUCAUUCAAUGGGUUUGUCAUAAAAAAAUAAUUACACUGUAGUUACGAUUACUGCAAACCAAAUGACUUUACCCCGUUAAGCAUCUCUUUAGCUGAGUCCUCUAAAAUGAAAUAGAAAUACAUAAAUUAAUUCAUAAUACAUUACUGUUUAGCAGUUAACCAAUUAGCAAUUAUUAUUUUCGUUUCCAGCAUUUUACUUAUUAGCCAUUAGUAUUGUAUUUUGUACGUACAUAUGUCAUCAACACUGCUGGGCAAGAAUAAAAACAAAAAUAAAGUA